AUGGAUACUGAAAGUGAAGCAGUACCAAGUGGUAGUAAUGUGAAUACCCCUAGACGUCUUAGAAGUUUGUUUGAAAAAGAGACAGGCCACCGAUCCACAUUGUAUAGACGAACUAAGAGAUUGGAAUCGGAGUUGCUCGGUGACGUAGCCAAGAUGAUACUUCCCGAUUUCAGCGUCGAGGCUGUUGAAUGUCUAGUAGAUGAAACUUCUUGUAGCGUCGUAAACGUGCAAAGUGACAUGCAAAUCACUUCACCAAGUAAUGCUGCGGGUGCUUUUUUGUCCCAUGAGAUACGUUCCGAUAAGGCGAAAGAACGGAAUUCAAAGGCAGAGCUUAAGAAGACUGCCUUAAAGCUUAUGAUGACCACUAAAACAUCCAUUGUUGAUGGUGGAAAGAUUAUGAGAUUGUUCAAACGGCAUAUUCCAAGAUUACCAACAAAUAUAAGACACAUUCUCAAAACUAGCCAGUCAUGCCCCUCAACUGUUAUUGGUAGUGGAGUUUACUAUCAUAUUGGUUUGCGAAGUAUACUUACGCCUAUACUGAGUUGUUGGUGUCAGUUUGCAUCUUUUGAUUGCGUUAAUCUGCAGCUGAAUGUUGAUGGAUUGUCACUGUUUAACAAUGGUACCCGAAGUUUUCACACUGCGUUGGAAACCUGUCCAUCCAGAGUCCACUGA